AUGCCUACUCCCACCUACUUUGCCAAGUAUCCUCCCUUUCCCUCCAAUAUCCCAGUGGCAGAUAUGCCCAUUUUCUCCUUCGCUAAACUUGCAAUCAAUGACGGACACGAGUCCUGCGCUCUUUUCGAAGCCAGUCGUCAUAUAGGCUUCUUCCAGCUUGACUUCACUGGGUGUUUGUUUGGUGAUCAAUUUCUCAAGAAUACCGAGAAAAUGUUCGACUUGAAUGCAGAAUUAUAUGCACUCCCUAAAUUUGAGCUUAAUGAAUACGCCUACAAUCCCCCAAUUUCUCUCUUUCGGUACCCCCGCCUUCAUAAUUCAUCACUUCUUAUUCCAAAUUUCUACAAGCCCUUAGGUUAUCACAAGAUUGGCAAAGUCGGAGAUCGAGUCGAGCUCUACGGAAUCAGCCGCGAUGAUAUAACUGGGGCUUCUGAGCCCCUUGCUAACCCGAGCUGUAUCGAACGUUCUCGCCCGCAAUUGAAGACAUAUAUUGAACAGGCCAACAGAAUUGUUAAUGUCAUUCUCGGGCAUUUAGAAAAACAUCUGAAACUUCCCCUGGGUACUUUCGCACAGUUGCAACCGAUGACGGAGCCAAGCGGUAGUGUUUUACGGAUGUUAAAGUAUGAGCCUCAGCCAGCUGAUGAUCGCCGUACUUCCAUGAUGGGACAUACCGAUAUCACUGCACUAACCCUUCUUUUUAGUACAACUGGAGGUCUCCAAAUUCUUAACGAUGACGCAGAUCCUCAUCUCGAGUCUUCUUGGACUCACAUUAAACCUCGGCCAUCCACCUGUAUAGUCAACCUUGGCGACGCAAUGGUUGAAUGGACUGGUGGGAUCCUUCGCUCAGCUAUGCAUCGUGUCACCUCUCCCCCCGGCGAUCAGUCAUCUAUGACCCGCUAUGUAGUUGGUUACUUCGCCCGCCCUGCUGGUGAUUCCCUCAUGAAACGACUAGCACCUCCCCAGUAUCCUUCUUCCCUCAUACCACCAGUCGAGGAAGGAGAGAACUCUGAAAAUGAUAUGAACGCGAGAGACUGGGAGUGGCAUAAACUUUCCUCGGUUAAGGCGGGUAAUAUAGGGGGAAGCUUAGGUGGUAAACCAUUUGAGCCGAAGAGAAAUUUAAAUGAUUUGUUCCCCGCUAUUGUUGAUGCGGUUUGA